GGCACAGCCCCCACCACCCCCGCCAGGCACCAUGGACUGGAAGAUGUUCCAGGCCUUACUGAGUGGCGUGAACAAGUACUCCACGGCGUUCGGGCGCAUCUGGCUGUCGGUUGUGUUCGUCUUCCGGGUGCUGGUGUACGUGGUGGCUGCAGAGCGCGUGUGGGGGGACGAGCAGAAGGACUUUGACUGCAACACCAAGCAGCCAGGCUGCACCAACGUGUGCUACGACGAGUUCUUCCCCAUCUCCAACAUCCGCCUCUGGGCCCUGCAGCUCAUCUUCGUCACAUGCCCGUCGCUCCUGGUCAUCCUGCAUGUGGCCUACCGCGAGGAGCGGGAGCGGAGGCACCGUCAGAAGCACGGUGACCAGUGCACCAAGCUAUACGAAAACGCCGGUAAGAAGCAUGGCGGCCUAUGGUGGACCUACCUGUUCAGCCUCAUCUUCAAGCUCGCCAUCGAACUCCUCUUCCUGUACGUGCUGCACACCCUCUGGCACGGCUUCGGCAUGCCACGCCUAGUGCAGUGUACCAACGUGGCCCCCUGCCCCAACACUGUGGACUGCUACAUCGCCCGGCCCACCGAGAAGAAAGUCUUCACCUACUUCAUGGUGGGUGCCUCAGCCGUUUGCAUCGUGCUCACCAUUUGUGAGAUCUGUUACCUCAUCUUCCACAGGCUCCUGAGAGCCUUGCACAAGGGCAAAUCUUCAAGGGCCCACAGCCCCCCACCCUCCUCCAGCCGGGCCUCCACCUGCCGCUGCCACCACAAGCUGCUGGAGGAUGGGGAGCUGGGUUCAAAGGCAGAUAAUGACAAGCUACAGACUCUGAUACCUGCCUGACCCC